AUGAAACAAUUGCUUGUCACUAAUUUAAACAAUGUUUUUUUUAAGUAUAUUCUUUUCAGUUCAGGUUAUCCAGAAUCUAUGUAUUUCUUCAUUCCAAAAUGUUUAGAAAGAAGAUUAUUUAGUAAUUUACCGAACACAGAUUUCAAGAUAACGUACGGGAUAAAACUGGCAUGUGAUGCUGACAUACCUGCCAAUGGAAUGGAUAGAAAAUAUGAAAAUAAAAAUCACUCUCUGAUACAUUUCGAGGACAUAUUUAUUUUGUUUAGUAAUGUCUGUAUUCUUUUACUGGGGUAA